GCUUUUGAGUCUCCGGGAUUUCCCCCCCUCCCUUCCUUCCCUCGCCGGGCUUUGCUUGCUGGAAGGAAAGAAGCGGCGCUAGGACCCGGCGUACCGGCCGGCAAACUGCCGGCAGCCCAGGCAGUCCGCGAGACUCCUCCUCAUUCCCAGUGUCAAACUUGACAUCAGGCUGCGAGCGGAGCAUGGUAACUUCUCCUGCCAUCAGAGCGCUCACAUCAGUGGCAUGCUCCGGGAAGAGAUGCAGCUCGCGCUGCCCUCUGCACCAGCCACAGCAUGGAUUGUCACUUCCCCAGCCUCCUCUUCCUCCUCCUGGGAUCUACGCUCGGCUGCUUGGCAGAUCUGAGUUUUUACCCAACCAACGAAGUUAAUCUGCUAGAUUCAAAAGCAAUUCAAGGAGAGCUGGGCUGGAUCUCCUAUCCAUCACAUGGGUGGGAAGAAAUAAGUGGCGUUGAUGAGAACUAUACUCCAAUCAGAACUUACCAGGUCUGCAACGUCAUGGACCACAGUCAAAAUAAUUGGUUAAGGACAAAUUGGAUACCGCGCAAUUCAGCUCAGAAAAUCUAUGUGGAACUCAAAUUUACUCUGAGGGAUUGUAACAGUAUCCCAUUGGUUCUGGGCACCUGUAAGGAAACUUUUAAUUUGUAUUAUAUGGAAUCUGAUGAUGACCAUUCUGUCAAGUUCAGAGAACACCAGUUUACAAAGAUUGAUACCAUUGCUGCCGAUGAGAGCUUCACUCAGAUGGAUCUUGGGGAUCGGAUUCUUAAGCUCAAUACUGAAGUUCGUGAAGUGGGACCUGUGAGCAGGAAAGGAUUUUAUUUGGCUUUUCAAGAUGUGGGUGCAUGUGUGGCCUUAGUAUCAGUACGAGUGUACUUCAAAAAAUGCCCUUUUACUAUAAAGAACCUGGCCAUGUUUCCAGAUACAGUACCUAUGGAUUCCCAGUCACUGGUGGAAGUGCAAGGCUCUUGUGUUAAUCAUUCCAAAGAGGAAGACCCACCCAAGAUGUACUGCAGUACUGAAGGAGAAUGGCUAGUACCCAUAGGGAAGUGCUUAUGUAAUGCCGGCUAUGAAGAAAGAGGCUACGCCUGCCAAGCUUGCCGACCAGGUUUUUAUAAAGCCUUUGCUGGUAAUGUUAAAUGCGCCAAAUGCCCACCUCAUAGUUCAACAAAUGUGGAAGGUUCUACAAACUGCAAGUGUGAGAAGAACUACUUUCGAUCUGAAGGAGAUGUUCCAUCAAUGGCUUGCACAAGACCACCUUCUGCUCCCAGAAAUGUUAUUUCUAAUAUCAAUGAAACCUCAGUUAUCCUAGAUUGGAGCUGGCCUUUGGACACAGGGGGCAGAAAGGAUGUCACUUUCAACAUUGUAUGCAAGAAAUGUGGAACCAGCAAGCUCUGUGAACCAUGUAGCAAUAUAGUAAGAUUUCUUCCUCGUCAGAUGGGACUCUCCAAUACGACUGUGACUGUAGUGGAUCUCUUGGCUCAUACAAAUUACACUUUUGAGAUAGAUGCUGUUAAUGGAGUAUCUGAUUUAAGUACCAUCCCAAGACAAUUUGCUGCAGUCAGCAUUACAACCAAUCAAGCAGCUCCAUCGCCUAUUACAACAAUCAGAAAGGACCGGACUUCUAGAAAUAGCGUCUCUCUGUCUUGGCAAGAACCUGAACACCCGAAUGGGAUCAUCUUGGAUUAUGAAGUCAAGUACUAUGAAAAGCAGGAACAAGAGACAAGCUACACCAUUCUGAGAGCAAAAACUAUGAAUGUUACUAUUAAUGGCCUUAAGCCAGAUACCACUUAUGUUUUCCAAAUCAGAGCCCGAACUGCUGCAGGAUAUGGCACCAACAGCCGCAAAUUUGAGUUUGAAACCAGUCCAGACUCUUUCUCCAUCUCCAGUGAAAAUAGCCAGGUUGUAAUGAUUGCUGUUUCAGCUGCUGUAGCAAUUAUUCUGCUCACAAUUGUGGUUUACAUUUUGAUUGGGAGAUUCUGCGGACAUAAUAAAUCAAAACAUGGCUCUGAUGAGAAGAGGCUGUAUUUUGGUAAUGGCCAUUUGAAGCUUCCAGGACUCAGGACAUAUGUGGAUCCACAUACAUAUGAAGAUCCCAAUCUGGCUGUUCAUGAAUUUGCCAGAGAACUGGAGGCUUCCAGCAUAGCUAUUGAUAAAGUUGUCGGGGCAGGUGAGUUUGGAGAAGUAUGUAGUGGCCGCCUAAAACUUCCUUCCAAAAAGGAAAUAUCAGUUGCAAUAAAAACCCUGAAGGUUGGUUACACAGAAAAACAGAGAAGAGAUUUCCUUGGCGAAGCAAGCAUCAUGGGACAAUUUGAUCAUCCCAAUAUAAUCCGGUUAGAAGGUGUGGUCACCAAAAGUAAACCGGUCAUGAUUGUUACUGAAUAUAUGGAAAAUGGUUCUUUAGAUAGCUUUCUCAGGAAACAUGAUGCUCAAUUCACAGUCAUUCAGCUGGUGGGAAUGCUUCGAGGAAUUGCAUCUGGCAUGAAGUAUCUGUCAGAUAUGGGUUACGUCCAUCGUGACCUUGCUGCCCGCAACAUACUCAUCAACAGUAACUUAGUAUGCAAAGUGUCUGAUUUUGGCCUCUCCCGCAUAUUGGAAGAUGAUCCAGAAGCUGCCUAUACAACAAGGGGAGGCAAGAUUCCAAUUCGUUGGACAUCUCCAGAAGCUAUUGCUUAUCGCAAAUUUACAUCAGCCAGUGACGCAUGGAGCUAUGGUAUUGUUCUUUGGGAAGUAAUGUCCUAUGGAGAGAGGCCCUAUUGGGAGAUGUCUAAUCAAGAUGUAAUUAAAGCAGUGGAGGAAGGAUACCGUUUGCCACCACCCAUGGACUGCCCAGCUGCCUUGUAUCAGAUGAUGCUGGACUGUUGGCAAAAAGACAGAAACAACAGACCAAAGUUUGAACAGAUUGUCAGCAUCUUGGACAAGCUGAUCCGUAAUCCCAGCAGUUUAAAAAUUAUCACCAAUGCAGCUGCAAGGCCAUCAAACCUCCUACUGGACCAAAGUAGCAUUGAAAUCUCACCCUUCCGCUCAACAGGUGACUGGCUCAAUGGUAUUCGGAUAGGGCAAUGCAAAGACAUAUUCACAGGAGUGGAAUACAGUUCAUGUGAUACAAUAGCCAAUAUUUCCUCAGAUGACAUGAAGAAAGUUGGGGUGACGAUUGUCGGACCACAGAAAAAACUUAUUAGCAGUAUUAAAUCUCUGGAAAUGCAUACAAAGAAUGGCCCUGUUCCUGUGUAAAUUAUCAAAUGCUGGCAUUCAGGACUCAUCUGGAGAAAGUGAGAAAAAUUACUAAAAGGUCCUGGUAAUGUGUGGAAAAUUGUGAGACUUAAAAGGCACUGUUGCAACAAAUGGGGCAAUUUGCAACAAAUGUGAAAUUUCAAGCCCAUUAAAAGACUCAUAAAGUUGAGUUCAAUUGCCUUAAAAUAGGAAUGAAAAACUUAUUUUAUAUCUCUUAUUCUUGAAGGAGGGUUUCUUCCCUACAGUAAUAAUGGACUGCUCAAACAUAAAAUGCAUUUGGAAGAAAAAAGAAAGUGUGUUAAAAAAAUCCAUGUAACCUUAAGCCAUUCAAAUGUUAAUAGACUGACUAUCGUAAAAGGCAAAAGAAACAGUGGAUGUAAUACUGUGAUUGGAAUGACUGUCAACAGCAUUAAACAGUAUUUUUUUUUUAAUAUGAGGAAAGGAUAGGCACGUAGCAUUUUAUUUCUUUAAUUCUUGUAAGCAUAUUCGAGGAUAAUACCUCAGACUUGUCUAGCCAUAUCUGCAAUGAUAUCCUUGCAAUAUUCUGUUUUUGACUGUGGAUGGUAAAUCUGAAUGACAAUUGAGUGAAAAUGAAGGCAAUACUUCACAGAUACUUGUCCUGGGUGUGUUCUUUAAAAACAAAACUUUUAUAUAUAUAAAAUGCAUAUUUAUUUCCUUUAAAAAUGUUCCUCUUGUUUAUAUUUAUAUAGGUUUUGACUGGGAUUAAUGACUGCCAAAUCCCAAAUUUCUUUAAAUUUUGGCUGUCAACAAUAUUUAAGGGGGAAAAAAUCAGUAAAACCCAUGUGAUUUUAUUCCUAAUAAAAAUAUCACUAGAAAGGAACUGAUGUGCAUACAAGAAUGGUCAUAAACAUACCGUACAUCCUAUACAAAUAUGAAGAAUUUCAUGCACAACAUUUUUAACACAGAACAAUCCAUAUAACAAUCUUAUUUCACAUGGGGAAUAUUCUUGGGGAACUAUUUAAUUGCAUGUACUUAAACGUUACAGUAUUCAGAUAGUUUUGGAGUGUAUCAGAUGUUUAACUGUUUAAUGGGUUACUUGAUAGUAGAAUUCUUUGCUUAUGUUGCCCUAGGAUUAAAAUAAAGAUACUCUUAGGUGCUUCCAGACAAGGAUGUUCUUGUGUAGAAAGGGUCCAAACAACAUUGUCUUCCAUUUGUUAGCUUCUUGUGUUAAUCAGAAUUUCUUCCAUCUUCUUUCUCAAUUGAACACACACACACACACACACACACACACACACACACACACACACACAAAACACAAUUACCUAUCAUGUAUUUUGAUCAGUAACACUAGAAGCUAUCUGUUGGGAAAUAUUAUUUUCUCACUUUGAAUUACAGGUCACAAUAUAGGUCAAAUAAUGAUGUUGUUACAAGGCAGCAUUUGGAUAUGGAUAUGAAAUUUUAUUUAAACGAAUUCCCAUCUUAUUCAUUUCCCUUUGCUCUAUUUGGCCUUCUUUGAACAUCCUAUUUUAUACCAUAGUAAUUAGCAACGAUUAUUUUAGUGUAAUCCAAAACUUGCAGAAACUGUGACAUCUAAGGUAGUAUGUAAUCAUAUUUGAAAAUGGAUAAAGUAACAUUGCAAAAUAUUAGUUACGUAUACAUGGAACUUCUUUGCUCAUUCUAUAAUUUUACUAUCCCUCCAGUAUGAUUUCAUUUUUCAUGAUAUUCUGGGGGCAUUGAAAAGUACACCACAUUUUAAAAUGUUUUGAUAGGAUGUAACAGUUCUGAAAGAAAUUGAAUUGGAUUAAAUUAAUACUUUCAUACUAUUAACAAGACCUUCAUUCUUUUUAAAAUUUAUAUUAAUGCCUUAUUGCAAACAUUCAAUCAGGUAAAAUACAAAUAAUAGAAUUGUUCAUCUCAACAAUGUAGAAGCAUGUGGAAAAAUUAUCCUAGAAUCAAUUUUCAGUUCCUAUAAAAGGAAGGAAAAAAGAGGUCAUCAUCAAAAUUUCAAAAUAGAUUUCAGUUUUAGCUAUUCUUAAUUUUAUCACAGUAUCUAGCAAGGCCAGGGAACAUUAUUUUGUGUAUGCUCAUUACUUGGAAUGGGUAUCAUAGUUUGUUCAGAAGAAUUGCUUCUUUUCCUCCUAAGAGGGUUUUUAAAAAGCUCUUAGUCUUCUCUUUCUUACAAUUUUUGUACUCCUGAAGGGCAUUCUAGAGCCCCCAUUUCCCUAUCCCAUGUACAUAUGUAAACUUAGCAGUGUAAAAUUUUUAACUGUGGAGUAGAGGAAAUAAAAUUUUCGUGGCCAUCUUCCUGUACAGGACCUGCCUUUGAUUAUUUACAUCCAAAAAAAAAAACCCACAGUCAUUACAAAUAAUAUGUAAUAAUUGAUUUUGUAUCUUAAAAUAUUGUUUUAUGUGUAUUAUUUAUUUCUGUUAACAUAUAACAUAGUCUUUGCUGUACUUUAGAAUCCAAUAACUCGAGAUGUAUAGAUGUAAUUGGAACUCACAAAUCUGAAUUUACCUUUAACAUUUAUUUCAAAGCAUUACUUACUCAGUUAGUUUAUUAUGUUGUGCAAAUAUAGAUGGCCUGUUACUAAUGUAAAAUGAUUUGUAGUGGAAACCUUUAUAUUUUUAUAAUAAACAAAAUGAAAGUAUUUUUUA